AUGGGAGGCGCCAUCUCCUUCGAGUCCAACAACGUGGCAGGCGCGGUGUCAUUGGGACCCCCUUUUCUCGAUGGGAUGCCAGUGGAGACCCAGCCCGCCACGUUCCUCACUUCGUACGGAUUCGAUCCUGGCAAUACGAAUUUCUUUGGCAUACUCGCUACAGUCUCAGUGGUUGAAAAUCCUGCCACACCGACAAGUGUCGUCACGUGCACAGAGUUCAACGAUGGUCUACUCCCAAGUUCAGGCGAGGGAGCAGCGACAGAUCAAUUGACGUGCCAAAUUCCUAACACGGCUAUCGCCCCCGGCAUUGUGACUUUGGGCUUCUUGGGGCCUUCUCAGGACUUUCGAGAUUACUAUACCCCGCAGCGCUUUGUCGACGUCUUACGUGAGUUGUUCGACAAGCACUUCUCCCUCCUCCUCGGCCAGCGCACUGCCUCCACGAAUACCAACACUGCUUCCACGAAUACCGAAGCUACUUCCACAACCACCCGCACUGCUUCCACAACUACUGCUGGAGCCUUCGAGGCCACUCAAGCAGUCUUUAUUCUCGAAGCGUACGGCGUUCCGCGUAUCCCCGACGGCUCAGACGGUGCCAUUCAGACCGGCGACACCUUCCGAUUCGCUGCAAGCAACACCGGCACACUUCUUGCCCUCCUCGAGAAUGGCCAUGUCGUCGACAGCAGCGGUCGCGCUGCCAGCGUGCCCACUAGCCGCGGCCUUCGAAAAAGACAAGAGUCCACCAAUGGAUCAAGAAUCUUCUUUGCAGCCGCCGACGACGACUCCUUCGAGGCCUGUGACUGCGACAUCUCUUCCAACGACCAGCUGAGCUGCACCUGCGACUCUCUUUCCGGCUUGAUCAUUGGCACGUCCGGUGACUUGCUCGGCGUCCUCGCCAUUGGCAGACUCGACGGCUUUAAGGAGUGCGCUCCAGUGGCCGUGGUGGAUCCCCAGUCCUCUACAUCGGGCUCGGUCCCUACAUAUCCGGCAGGUGGUUCCAUUCCUGAUUGCCCGACAGGUGGCUCGAUUCCGGCGUAUGCGAAUGGUGGUUCGAUCCCAGCCUAUGCAGCCGAUGGUUCAACUUCUACGUAUGCUGCAGAUGGAUCGGUCCCUACGUAUGCGGCGGAUGGAUCGAUCUCUACUUAUGGGAAAGAUGCUGCCGGCAACUUCAAGCCCACACCUACAACCCUUGUCACCAAAGUCGUCAAAACGGUGACGGUGGUAGACUGCGACUCAGAGGGCGAACCGACGCCAGCACUGCAUCGCCGUCAAACGACUACCCUUGACGCCGGAUUCAGCGGCCCAGACUUCACUUUCAGCGAGGGCAACAACGUGGCGACAGUCACAAGAACUGAGACUAGUAUGACCACCGUGUCUACACUCAUAGUCAGUGGAACUGCGAGCACCGUGACCGAGGUGGUGACCAGCGGGAUUGAUACGACGACUGUGACGAGCGCGGAGACGACGACCACGCUGAGCACGACGGCGACGCAGGACGAUAGGACGGUCUCUACUGUUACUGGCUGUGCGCCGACCGUCACUCUUGCGUUCGCAUCGCAAUCUCAGCCAGACGCCUCGUAUUCCAUGGUUGGCUACCACGCGAGCAAGCGCGCCACGAGUUUGUCGGAAGCGGAGAAGCGGAGGACGGACUAUAUUGACGUUCAGCCCGUGCUCACUUUUCCCGUCAUUGACGCGGGAGGUGCUGCGAGUACAAGUGUGGUUACGUGUGCUCCGUUCAACAACGGUAUGCUGCCACCACCGGAAUCAUCCGGAGUGGACCCCGUGGUCUAUCCUACAGCAACCAACCAACUCACCUGCUCGAUCCCGAACACGUCUAUCGCCCCGGGUGUCGUUACCAUAGCCUUCGAAAAGUCGGAUGGAAUUUUCUUUACGGAUGCCUCGUAUGGCUUCCUUGUCGCCGAUUCCACAAUCCUCGCCGACACCGUGACCGCUACGAACACUGUGUUUGUCCCUGGCUCGACCGUGGGCUCGACGACCGUGACGUCCACGAGAUACAUCUUCACCGACGAAGCAACGAGCACCAGCACCACAACUCUCUCUGAUGCCUCAUCGACGACAUACAUCAGCUGCUCUACCAGCACCUCUGCCACGAACACCGGCACAGCGACCGCAGAUCCCAACUCAACCUCCGCCACGGACUCCUCAAGCAUCACUUCUGCCACGGAUCUCUCGAGCACCACCUCCGCCACGGACUCCUCGAAUACCUCCUCCAGCGCUACCGAUGAUUCCUCAAGCACCACCAUCUCCGGCACACCUACCGCUCCAACCUACCCAACCGACUCCAACCCCUUCUCCUCCUCAACAAGCUGCACCAACCCCCAAACCCCGUCCCCAACCCCCCAAAAAAACAUCAAAACAGUCUUCAUAACCGACUGCGCCAAAGCAGCAAAGACGUCAGCAGCAGCAGCAGCACUCUCCGCCCGCCAAACCACCGCAACCGAUGCUCUCGCUUCCAACUUCGGCGCUCCGGACUUCACCUUCAGCAACGGCGACAACACCGCUACCAUUACCGUGACUUCGACCGCGAUUGACACGCGAUCCACGGUUGUGACGAGCGGGACGGAUACGUCUGUUGUCACGGAGUCGGAUCCGACGACCACGAGGACUGUGACGGCGACGGUGGAUGAGAGGACUGUUGAGACGGUUGUGGGGUGUGAGGGGAGUGAGACUGCGAGGUAG